AUGAGAUUUCUCAACCCGCGAUCUCUCCUGAAGCCGUCACAAGCCUCAGAGCAAACGAGGGUUUACUCGCAUGGAACAAAUGACCAACCUAUGGGGGGGUCGAGAAUCCGGACAGGAAAUAUCCAACUCACUUCUGUCAAUGACGAAACUAGUGCGCUCCAAAAGGCACUGAACCACGUUCUCAUUCAGCUUCAUGAGGUCAAACGGCUGCGCCAAGCCAAGGAGAGCUUACUUGAAUGCGGCGAGAAAUACUGGGUUGACAAUACCAUCAACGAUGUUGCCGAUGCAACUAGAGACGUCGCCCUUUUACUGGAGCCCACACGCGUCGAGAAAGAAACAGGAAGCGGCAGAUUGAGCAUCGGGAGCCAGCUUCGUUGGAAAUACCGGCACAGCGAACGAGCGAAAGAGAAGAAGGAUAGAAUGAUGACAUGCCAUAACAGUCUCAUGAGCGUGUUGGCUCAUCUCCAGCGAAUUGAAACACCCAAAACGACCAUAAUCCAUGAGCUAGGGGUGGACAUUCCUCCAAAGGCAUCGCUGUACAGUAUCCGAAACCUUUCUAGGCUCGAUGUCGGGUCUGAUGUCGUUUUCGAAGAUGCAAAGGAAGGAGAUAAACUUGAUUCCAAAUCACAAGAAAUGAAUGAUCUUCUUGCCUGGCGUCGGUCAAAAGGGUCACCAAAGGUUACCAGAAAAGAGAGUGAACUAGCAGAUAGUAUACAGAUAAUAUAA